AUGCUUCAGCUCGUACAGCUGGUCGCCUUGCCUCUUUGGGGGCGUUAUAAGGGUGUAAAGUUGUUUCUGGAGCUUACUGAAGAUCGAAAGACUCUGAGACGUUUCGUUGUUUUUGUUCGACACCCGCAAUCUUUCUUCUAUGUCAGAGGCUCCACAGAGAGGACUCAGGCAUGGCGGACACAUUUUGGGAGACCGCAAGAUUUGUUGUUGAGUGUUGCCGCUCGCCUAGCUGGCAUUCAGAUUGAACCUCACUUUUACGAGUUUAGUCCUCGGCUAUGUCAAAACCUCUGCGUGCAAAGAACUGUGACCCAGACCAGAGAGAUUUGGAAAGCGCAAGCCAGAGCACAAUUGAAAAUUGCUUUCCCGGAUGCCUGUCUGUCUACAGAAAAGUCUCGUCGUAUUUUCGUCACACGAGAAGACCGAGAGGGAUUGCCGGAAGUCAAUCAGUUCAUGGCCGGCCAGAUCACUAAAAGUGUCAACCUAUCAACUCGGAGUGAGAUCGCAGAUGACAAGGCCCAGAGAGAGACGCGCAAUAGAAAGAUAGCGGCUUUUUGGCAUGAGCUGAAUGAUUUGAUCACUAUGUUUAUGCCCGAGACCUCCUUCAAUAUCCAGACUGACAACAACGAGCGUUUAAUAACCGCAAUUGAAGCAUCUGACUGGACGGAGCUCUAUGAUUGGGAUGAGCUUCCAGAGGUUUUGACCGAAUUCAUUGAUGAACAAGAUGGUCUGAGGAUAGACCGGCGCCCGAUAUCUUCUCGGAAAGAGCUUGAAACUGCCUAUGCCCUGCUUCAGUGCAAAGGUAGCUUAGGGGCCUUAAGUAUUGUCGGGCUUGCGUUUUCUGUUCUCAUUGCCUACGCCUGGAAGAUCACUCGACCAAGAAAGACGAGCGUUGACAGUCUGCUUGUCCUCGGUACACCCCCAAGGAACGUUGUCUCACGGAAGUGUUCUGGGUGCGGGGGAAGGGUCCUUGAUGAUGCCUUCGCGUACUACGCAAAAGUAGACCCGGAUGUCUAUAUCCUUUGGAGGCUUCAGAACACCUGCGGGCUCCCCAGUUGCACACAACAAGGCGUUGAUCUUGUGCCUUUUGACGGCUGGACAAAGCACUCGCGUCCAAAUCGAGACGAAUUAAUCGAGAUAUGCAAUAUCUGGCAUGAAGCCGCGUGGGCAAAAUAUUUUCUCCGCACACCAGCAGAGUGUGGCGACCUACCAAGAAGGGUAGAGAUUCAAUGCUUGCAGUGCGGCAAGAAAGAAACGAAGGCUCGACCAAGAUGGACACCCCAUACACCACCGAGGCUUUUGAAGCCUAUUCAGAAAUGCAGUACAUGCAGCAUAAAACGAGUCUGGAAACCUGUGGACACCAAGGUAUUGACCAUUGGCACAUCAUCUCUCAGCAGAUUGUGGGCUUCUUUCAAAAAGGAUGGAUGCGAUCUGGCCGAGUACCCGCGGAUGCCAGAUGUUUACUUCUCAUCAAAAUACAGCCUCACCCAAAGAAUCGCGCAGCUCAAAGAGGCCAAAAAGAUGCUCGAACAGAUCCGUGUCAUGUAG